ACGUGGACCCGGGGGCUGCGAGCGCUGCGGGAGGGGGGGCGCGGCCCGGGGGCUUCUUAAACCCCCUGGCCCGGCCAGGCCCGCACUUCGCGAGCACCGCUCCGCCCGGGGAGAGAGAGGGAGAGAGAGAGAGAAGGGCCCAGGAGCCAAGGAGGCCCGCCGAGUCCGACCAGCCAGGGGCGCGAGAGAAGUUGAGAGCAGCUCAGCGCAGAGCCGCGAGUCCCGCGUCGCGCCCCGACAGCUCCCCAAGCCCGAACCCAACCCAAGCCCAGCAGGCCGCGCAGCCCCCGCCCCAGCUCGCGCCAGCAUGAUGAACAACAGCGGCUACUCGGAGGCCGCGGGCCUCGGCGACGAGGUGGACGACAUGCCGUCCACGGAGAAGGACCUGGCGGAGGACGCGCCGUGGAAGAAGAUCCAGCAGAACACGUUCACGCGCUGGUGCAACGAGCACCUCAAGUGCGUGGGCAAGCGGCUGACUGACCUGCAGCGCGACCUCAGCGACGGGCUGCGGCUCAUCGCGCUGCUCGAGGUGCUCAGCCAGAAGCGCAUGUACCGCAAGUUCCAUCCGCGCCCCAACUUCCGCCAGAUGAAGCUGGAGAACGUGUCCGUGGCCCUCGAAUUCCUCGAGCGCGAGCACAUCAAGCUCGUGUCCAUCGACAGCAAGGCCAUCGUGGAUGGGAACCUGAAGCUGAUCCUGGGCCUGAUCUGGACGCUGAUCCUGCACUACUCCAUCUCCAUGCCCAUGUGGGAAGAUGAGGAUGAUGAGGACGCCCGCAAGCAGACACCCAAGCAGCGGCUGCUGGGCUGGAUCCAGAACAAGGUGCCCCAGCUGCCCAUCACCAACUUCAACCGUGACUGGCAGGACGGCAAAGCUCUGGGAGCCCUGGUGGACAACUGUGCGCCUGGCCUCUGCCCUGACUGGGAGGCCUGGGACCCCAACCAGCCCGUGGAGAACGCCCGGGAGGCCAUGCAGCAGGCGGACGACUGGCUUGGGGUGCCCCAGGUGAUUGCUCCUGAAGAGAUUGUGGACCCCAAUGUGGACGAGCAUUCCGUCAUGACCUACCUGUCCCAGUUCCCCAAGGCCAAACUCAAGCCUGGUGCCCCUGUUCGCUCCAAGCAGCUGAAUCCCAAGAAGGCCAUCGCCUACGGGCCUGGCAUUGAGCCCCAGGGCAACACCGUGCUGCAGCCUGCUCACUUCACCGUGCAGACAGUGGAUGCCGGUGUGGGUGAGGUGCUGGUCUACAUUGAGGAUCCUGAGGGCCACACCGAGGAGGCCAAGGUAGUUCCCAACAAUGACAAGGACCGCACCUAUGCUGUCUCCUAUGUGCCCAAGGUCGCUGGGUUGCACAAGGUGACCGUGCUUUUUGCUGGCCAGAACAUUGAACGCAGCCCCUUUGAGGUGAACGUGGGUAUGGCCUUGGGAGAUGCCAACAAGGUGUCAGCCCGUGGCCCUGGCCUCGAGCCAGUGGGCAAUGUGGCCAACAAACCCACCUACUUUGACAUCUACACUGCUGGGGCUGGCACUGGCGACGUUGCUGUGGUGAUCGUGGAUCCUCAGGGCCGGAAGGACACGGUGGAGGUGGCCCUGGAGGAUAAGGGCGACAGCACGUUCCGAUGCACUUACAGGCCUGUGAUGGAGGGGCCCCACAUGGUGCAUGUGGCCUUCGCUGGUGCCCCCAUCACCCGCAGUCCUUUCCCUGUCCACGUGGCAGAAGCCUGCAAUCCCAAUGCCUGCCGGGCCUCUGGGCGGGGCCUGCAGCCCAAGGGUGUGCGUGUGAAAGAGGUAGCUGACUUCAAGGUGUUCACCAAGGGUGCUGGCAGUGGGGAGCUCAAGGUCACAGUCAAGGGACCAAAGGGCACAGAGGAGCCAGUGAAGGUGAGGGAGGCUGGGGAUGGUGUGUUCGAGUGUGAGUACUAUCCUGUGGUGCCUGGGAAGUACGUGGUGACCAUCACAUGGGGCGGCUAUGCCAUUCCCCGCAGCCCUUUUGAAGUACAGGUGAGCCCAGAGGCAGGAGUGCAGAAGGUCCGAGCCUGGGGCCCUGGCCUGGAAACUGGCCAGGUGGGCAAGUCAGCCGACUUUGUGGUGGAGGCCAUUGGCACGGAGGUGGGGACAUUGGGCUUCUCCAUCGAGGGCCCCUCGCAGGCCAAGAUUGAGUGUGAUGACAAGGGGGAUGGUUCCUGUGAUGUGCGGUACUGGCCCACAGAGCCUGGGGAGUACGCUGUGCAUGUCAUCUGUGAUGAUGAGGAUAUCCGAGAUUCACCUUUCAUUGCCCACAUUCAGCCAGCCCCACCCGACUGCUUCCCAGACAAGGUGAAGGCUUUUGGGCCCGGCCUGGAGCCCACCGGCUGCAUUGUGGACAAACCUGCAGAGUUCACUAUCGAUGCCCGUGCGGCUGGCAAGGGAGACCUGAAGCUCUAUGCCCAGGACGCUGAUGGCUGUCCCAUCGACAUCAAGGUCAUCCCCAAUGGCGAUGGCACCUUCCGCUGCUCCUAUGUGCCCACCAAGCCCAUUAAACACACCAUCAUCAUCUCCUGGGGAGGCGUCAAUGUGCCCAAGAGCCCCUUCCGGGUAAACGUGGGAGAGGGCAGUCACCCCGAGCGAGUGAAGGUGUAUGGCCCUGGCGUGGAGAAGACUGGCCUCAAGGCCAAUGAGCCCACCUACUUCACGGUGGACUGCAGUGAGGCGGGGCAAGGCGACGUGAGCAUUGGCAUCAAAUGUGCCCCUGGUGUGGUGGGCCCCGCAGAGGCUGACAUCGACUUUGAUAUCAUCAAGAAUGACAAUGACACCUUCACAGUCAAGUACACACCCCCCGGGGCUGGCCGCUACACCAUCAUGGUGCUCUUUGCCAACCAGGAGAUCCCGGCCAGCCCCUUCCACAUCAAGGUGGACCCGUCCCACGACGCCAGCAAAGUCAAGGCUGAGGGCCCUGGGCUGAACCGCACAGGUGUGGAAGUUGGGAAGCCCACUCACUUUACGGUGCUGACCAAGGGAGCCGGCAAGGCCAAGCUGGAUGUGCACUUUGCUGGGGCUGCCAAGGGCGAGGCUGUGCGGGACUUUGAAAUCAUCGACAACCACGACUACUCGUACACCGUCAAGUACACGGCUGUCCAGCAGGGCAACAUGGCAGUGACAGUGACCUAUGGUGGGGACCCUGUCCCCAAGAGUCCAUUUGUGGUGAAUGUGGCACCCCCACUGGACCUCAGCAAAGUCAAAGUUCAAGGCCUUAACAACAAGGUGGCUGUGGGGCAGGAACAGGCAUUCUCUGUGAACACACGGGGGGCUGGCGGGCAGGGCCAGCUGGACGUGCGGAUGACCUCACCCUCCCGACGACCCAUCCCGUGCAAGCUGGAGCCUGGGGGCGGAGCUGAAUCCCAGGCUGUGCGCUACAUGCCCCCUGAGGAGGGGCCCUACAAGGUGGACAUCACCUAUGACGGUCACCCAGUGCCUGGCAGCCCUUUCGCUGUGGAGGGUGUCCUGCCCCCUGACCCCUCCAAGGUGUGCGCCUAUGGCCCCGGCCUCAAGGGCGGACUGGUGGGCACUCCAGCCCCAUUCUCCAUCGACACCAAGGGGGCUGGCACAGGUGGCCUAGGGCUGACCGUGGAGGGCCCCUGUGAGGCCAAGAUCGAGUGCCAGGACAAUGGUGAUGGCUCCUGUGCUGUCAGCUACCUGCCCACAGAGCCAGGCGAGUACACUAUCAACAUCCUUUUCGCCGAAGCCCACAUCCCUGGCUCCCCCUUCAAGGCUACCAUCCGGCCCGUGUUCGACCCAAGCAAGGUACGGGCCAGUGGGCCAGGCCUGGAGCGUGGCAAGGCUGGCGAGGCAGCCACCUUCACAGUGGACUGCUCGGAGGCGGGAGAGGCUGAGCUGACCAUCGAGAUCCUGUCGGACGCCGGCGUCAAGGCUGAGGUGCUGAUCCACAACAAUGCUGACGGCACCUACCACAUCACCUACAGCCCCGCCUUCCCCGGCACCUAUACAAUUACCAUCAAGUAUGGUGGGCAUCCCGUACCCAAGUUCCCUACACGUGUCCACGUGCAGCCUGCUGUCGACACCAGUGGAAUCAAGGUCUCCGGGCCUGGGGUGGAGCCGCAUGGUGUCUUGCGUGAGGUGACCACUGAGUUCACUGUAGAUGCAAGAUCCCUCACAGCCACAGGUGGGAACCACGUGACAGCUCGAGUGCUCAACCCCUCGGGUGCCAAGACAGACACCUAUGUGACAGACAAUGGGGACGGCACCUACAGAGUGCAGUACACAGCCUACGAAGAGGGCGUGCAUCUUGUGGAGGUGCUGUAUGAUGAGGUAGCUGUGCCCAAGAGUCCCUUCCGAGUGGGUGUGACUGAGGGCUGUGACCCCACACGAGUUCGGGCCUUUGGGCCAGGCUUGGAGGGUGGCUUGGUCAACAAGGCCAACCGCUUCACUGUGGAGACCAGGGGAGCUGGCACUGGGGGCCUGGGCCUAGCCAUCGAGGGUCCCUCAGAAGCCAAGAUGUCCUGCAAGGACAACAAGGAUGGCAGCUGCACUGUGGAGUACAUCCCCUUCACUCCCGGGGACUAUGAUGUCAACAUCACCUUUGGGGGGCGGCCCAUCCCAGGGAGCCCAUUUCGGGUGCCGGUGAAGGAUGUGGUGGACCCUGGGAAGGUGAAAUGUUCGGGGCCGGGGCUGGGGGCUGGAGUCAGGGCCCGGGUACCCCAGACCUUCACCGUGGACUGCAGCCAAGCUGGCCGGGCCCCGCUGCAGGUGGCUGUGCUGGGCCCCACAGGUGUGGCUGAGCCUGUGGAGGUGCGUGAUAAUGGAGAUGGCACCCACACUGUCCACUAUACCCCAGCCACUGAUGGGCCUUACACUGUAGCUGUCAAGUAUGCUGACCAAGAGGUUCCACGAAGCCCCUUCAAAAUCAAGGUGCUUCCAGCCCACGAUGCCAGCAAGGUACGAGCCAGUGGUCCUGGCCUCAAUGCUGCUGGCAUUCCUGCCAGUCUGCCUGUGGAGUUCACCAUCGAUGCCCGGGAUGCCGGUGAAGGCUUGCUCACAGUCCAGAUCCUGGACCCCGAGGGUAAGCCCAAGAAGGCCAACAUCCGAGACAAUGGGGAUGGCACAUACACGGUAUCCUACCUUCCCGAUAUGAGCGGCCGGUACACCAUUACCAUCAAGUAUGGCGGUGACGAGAUCCCCUACUCGCCCUUCCGCAUCCAUGCCCUGCCCACUGGGGAUGCCAGCAAGUGCCUUGUCACAGUGUCCAUUGGAGGCCAUGGCUUGGGUGCCUGUCUGGGCCCCCGCAUCCAGAUCGGGGAGGAGACGGUGAUCACGGUGGACGCCAAGGCAGCAGGAAAGGGGAAGGUGACAUGCACAGUGUCCACACCUGAUGGGGCGGAGCUCGAUGUGGACGUGGUUGAGAACCACGAUGGUACCUUUGAUAUCUACUACACAGCGCCCGAGCCGGGCAAGUACGUCAUCACCAUCCGCUUCGGGGGCGAGCACAUCCCCAACAGCCCCUUCCACGUGCUGGCGUGUGACCCCUUGCCCCACGUGGAGGAGCCCUCUGACACGCUGCAGCUGCACCGGCCCAGCGCCUACCCCCCACACUGGGCCACAGAGGAGCCAGUGGUGCCUGCUGAGCCAAUGGAGUCCAUGCUGAGGCCCUUCAACCUAGUCAUCCCCUUCACCGUGCAGAAAGGGGAGCUCACAGGGGAGGUGCGGAUGCCCUCCGGGAAGACUGCCCGGCCCAAUAUCACCGACAACAAGGACGGCACCAUCACAGUGAGGUAUGCUCCCACUGAGAAAGGCCUGCACCAGAUGGGGAUCAAGUAUGACGGCAACCACAUCCCUGGGAGCCCCCUGCAGUUCUAUGUGGAUGCCAUCAACAGCCGCCAUGUCAGUGCCUACGGGCCAGGCCUGAGCCACGGCAUGGUCAACAAGCCAGCCACCUUCACCAUUGUCACCAAGGAUGCUGGGGAAGGGGGUCUGUCCCUGGCUGUGGAGGGCCCGUCCAAGGCAGAGAUCACCUGCAAGGAUAACAAGGAUGGCACCUGCACUGUGUCCUACCUGCCCACAGCACCCGGUGAUUACAGCAUCAUCGUGCGCUUCGACGACAAGCACAUCCCAGGCAGCCCCUUCACAGCCAAGAUCACAGGGGACGACUCAAUGAGGACAUCACAGCUAAACGUUGGUACCUCCACGGACGUAUCCCUCAAGAUCACCGAGAGUGACCUGAGCCUGCUAACAGCCAGCAUCCGUGCCCCCUCGGGCAAUGAGGAGCCCUGCCUGCUGAAGCGCCUGCCCAACCGGCACAUUGGGAUCUCCUUCACCCCCAAGGAGGUUGGGGAGCACGUGGUGAGUGUGCGCAAGAGCGGCAAGCACGUCACCAACAGCCCCUUCCAGAUCCUGGUGGGGCCGUCUGAGAUCGGGGACGCGAGCAGGGUACGCGUCUGGGGCAAGGGCCUAUCCGAGGGACACACCUUCCAGGUGGCAGAGUUCAUCGUGGACACUCGUAAUGCAGGUUAUGGGGGCCUGGGGCUGAGUAUUGAAGGCCCUAGCAAGGUGGACAUUAAUUGUGAGGACAUGGAAGAUGGCACAUGCAAAGUCACCUACUGCCCCACUGAGCCUGGCACCUAUAUCAUCAACAUAAAGUUUGCUGACAAGCACGUGCCUGGAAGCCCCUUCACUGUGAAGGUCACGGGUGAGGGCCGCAUGAAGGAAAGCAUCACCAGGCGCAGACAGGCGCCUUCCAUUGCCACCAUCGGCAGCACUUGUGACCUCAAUCUCAAGAUCCCAGGGAACUGGUUCCAGAUGGUGUCUGCGCAGGAGCGCCUGACACGCACCUUCACACGGAGCAGCCACACAUACACUCGCACAGAGCGCACGGAGAUCAGCAAGACACGGGGCGGGGAGACCAAGCGCGAGGUGCGGGUGGAGGAGUCCACCCAGGUUGGCGGAGACCCCUUCCCCGCUGUCUUCGGGGACUUCCUGGGCCGGGAACGCCUGGGCUCCUUUGGCAGCAUCACCCGGCAGGAGGGUGAGGCCAGCUCUCAGGACAUGACUGCACAGGUGACUAGCCCAUCAGGCAAGAUGGAAGCUGCAGAGAUCGUCGAGGGGGAGAACAGUGCAUACAGUGUGCGCUUUGUGCCCCAGGAGAUGGGGCCCCAUACUGUCACUGUCAAGUACCGUGGCCAGCAUGUGCCUGGCAGCCCCUUUCAAUUCACUGUGGGGCCACUGGGUGAAGGCGGUGCUCAUAAGGUGCGGGCCGGAGGUACAGGGCUGGAGCGAGGUGUGGCCGGAGUGCCAGCUGAGUUUAGCAUCUGGACCCGAGAAGCCGGUGCUGGGGGUCUGUCUAUUGCUGUGGAGGGUCCAAGCAAGGCAGAGAUUGCAUUUGAGGAUCGAAAAGAUGGCUCCUGUGGGGUCUCCUACGUGGUCCAGGAACCAGGUGAUUAUGAAGUCUCCAUCAAGUUCAACGACGAGCACAUACCAGACAGCCCCUUUGUGGUGCCUGUGGCCUCCCUCUCAGAUGAUGCUCGCCGCCUCACUGUCACCAGCCUCCAGGAGACGGGGCUCAAGGUGAACCAGCCGGCGUCCUUUGCGGUGCAGCUGAAUGGCGCUCGGGGUGUGAUCGAUGCUAGGGUGCACACACCCUCGGGUGCGGUGGAGGAGUGCUACGUCUCUGAGCUGGACAGCGACAAGCACACCAUCCGCUUCAUCCCCCACGAGAAUGGAGUCCACUCCAUCGAUGUCAAAUUCAACGGUGCCCACAUCCCUGGCAGUCCCUUCAAGAUCCGCGUUGGGGAACAAAGCCAGGCUGGGGACCCAGGCUUGGUGUCAGCCUAUGGUCCUGGGCUUGAGGGGGGCACGACUGGUGUGUCAGCAGAGUUUAUUGUCAACACCCUGAACGCGGGCUCAGGGGCUUUGUCUGUCACCAUUGACGGCCCCUCCAAGGUGCAGCUGGACUGUCGGGAGUGUCCUGAGGGCCACGUGGUCACUUACACUCCCAUGGCCCCUGGCAACUACCUCAUUGCCAUCAAGUAUGGUGGCCCCCAGCACAUCGUGGGCAGCCCCUUCAAGGCCAAAGUCACAGGUCCUCGGCUAUCUGGAGGCCACAGCCUUCAUGAAACAUCCACGGUUCUGGUAGAGACUGUGACCAAGUCGUCCUCAAGCCGGGGCUCCAGCUAUAGCUCCGUCCCCAAGUUCUCCUCGGAUGCUAGCAAGGUGGUGACCCGCGGCCCUGGGCUGUCCCAGGCAUUUGUGGGCCAGAAGAACUCCUUCACCGUGGACUGCAGCAAAGCAGGUACCAACAUGAUGAUGGUGGGCGUGCAUGGGCCCAAGACCCCCUGUGAGGAGGUGUAUGUGAAGCACAUGGGGAACCGGGUGUACAACGUCACCUACACUGUCAAGGAGAAAGGGGACUACAUCCUCAUCGUCAAGUGGGGUGACGAGAGUGUCCCUGGAAGCCCCUUCAAAGUCAAUGUGCCCUGAAUCCUAGAAAUGCCUCCCCCAGCCUCGGCCCCGCCUCUGGCCAAACACACUCACACACACACAAAUGUACCAUACCCAGAUGCACGCGCAGAAUUUUGACACCACAAACACGUGCCUUGGGGUGUGAAACGAAUGGCAUGGCCACCCCCACCCUACCAUGCCCCCAGGGCUUGGAGGGCCUUGUCUGUCUCAGGACAGUGUCCCUCCCAUCAAAUGUGACAUGAUGGCAGACUGGGGGUUGGGAAGGGCCAGGGAAGCCCUGAGUUUUCUGCUGGGACUGAAGCCAGCGGGGGAGCAUGUGUUUGGGAUGUCUGCGUGUGUGAGGGAGGUUACCCUCAAACCAUACUGUUGGCCAGCCCUCCUUGCUGCGAAGGACUGCAUCUGGCCCCUCUGGUGGCCACGGCUCCUGAGUGUUAAGGACUUGGAAAAGAAAGCACAAUCAGAGGAGAAAGAGACCCAGAACCAGUGGCAGCAUUGGCACGUGUCCUGGUCAGGGCAAUUUAUAGCUGCCCUCGCCAGGCUUCCUGCGGGACUGAUUUCUCUCUCUCUUUUUUUUUUAUGGUUGCACAGCUCUGCCCCAUGGGGGGCCUUUUUUACACACUGCAAGGCCCAGCUUUCUGGGGGGACUUUUGCACAUGUCAUGCAGCUCUGCUAGGAGCUGCUUAGGUGGAAAACUCCAAAUAAAGUGUGGCCUGUCGCAGAGGCUUGACUAUUCCUUG